AUGAGGUUCACCGCCGGCCUGCUCGUCCUCCUCCCUCUCGUCCUCGGACAGAACAACACCCAGGCGUCUUCAGCGUCAUUCUCGCCUACACCCGUCACUACCGCUGUCCCCUCGGCUACUGCCUCGUUGAACCAGACUGUACCUGGUCAAGGGGUGUAUCCUCCGCUGCAGCCUUGGUGCAACGCUGGUGGGAACGAUACUUUCUGCCCAGGAGUAAUCCUGCAAGAUGUACAGCUCUCGGGACUCUUCCCGGACUCUAAAACCUUCGUGGACAAGCCGACAAACGGGACGCUCAAUGCCACCCUCCAGGCAUUCUCGCAGCUCGGGAACAAUAUCACUCUUGGACAGCUCGCUCAAUUUGUUAAGAGCAGCUUCAAAGGAGAAGGUCUGGAGCUCAACCAGGUCCCCAUCAACGGGUUCGUCGCUUCUCCUCGGGCAGUACAGAAAGUCUCCAACCCGCUCUACAAGGGAUGGGUCAGCAUCGUCAACUCCUACUGGUCGCUCCUCAUCCGUGAGACCAACCAGUCUGCGGUCUGUACGACACAGUGCGAGUCCUCCCUCAUCCCGCUGAACCACACCAUUGUCGUCCCCGGUGGUCGAUACAGGGAGAUCUACUACUGGGAUACAUUCUGGAUCCUGGAGGGUUUGCUCAAGUCUGAGCUGUACACUUAUGCUACGGACGUGAUCCUAAACUUUAUGGACUUUAUCGACACGUACGGCUUCAUCCCGAAUGGUGGGCGCAAGUACUACCUCAACCGGUCCCAGCCGCCUGUCUUUAUCCAGAUGCUCGAUGCGUAUGUCAAGUCAACGGGGAACACGACCAUCCUCGAGCGGGCCUUGCCUCUGGCCUCAGAAGAGAUGCGAUGGUGGAUCGCCAACCGGACCACCCAAAUCACCUCCCCAUACACAGGCAUCACCCGCCGUGUCUACCUCUACAACGUCACCAACUCGGCUCCUCGGCCCGAGGGCUACGUCGAGGACUAUGAGACAGCCUUCGGCGCCCAACCCGCUCUGAACGAAGCGCAACGCGGUGAUCUCUACGCCGAGCUCGCGAGUGGUGCGGAGAGCGGAUACGAUUAUGCGGGCCGAUGGUGUCGCGUCCCGGUCAUCAAUGUGACUGAUAAUGCGCCCGCGCUGAGGACGUUGAAUGUGCGGGGUAUCAUCCCUGUUGAUCUCAAUUCGCUGCAGGCUGGUAACCAUGCUUUGCUCGCCAGACUAUACCAGCUGUACCUCAACACCACAGCCACCACCAACUCGAGCAGCAACAGCACCGCCUCGCAGUUCCGGACAAACGCUACCGCCGAGAUCGCGCUACAUCAAUCGCUCGCCAAGGACUACUCGGACGCCGUGCUCGACCUCCACUGGGAUCCCGUCAAAGCUUGGUUCUAUGACUUCAACCUCUCCUCUAACGCCCGAGACUCGCUCUACACCCCUGCCGGGACGUUCCCGCUGUGGCAGAAUAUCACCCCAACCGGCUUGGAGGGCAACAAUACCGCCGCACUGCGGAUCGCUAGUGGUGCUAGGUACCUCCUGGGGCGGUAUGGCGGCAUUCAAGGGAUUAGCUCUUUGCUCUAUACCGGACUGAACUGGGACUUCCCGAACAGUUGGCCUCCCCACACAUAUACCUCGAUUAAGGCCUUCCAGACGCUCGGCCGGGUCGUAGGUAAUGCCUCGAUCGUCAGCAACGCCACCAUCCCCUUCUCAGACGUCGUCUCUGGUCAAUUGGGGCUGAAUGAGACGCAGCUCCCAGCGCAGGAUGCUUCGCUACAGGGUAGCGCCAAUCUGACUGUUCCCAGCGCAAGGAAUGUCAGUUGGCCGCUCGCGCUUGAGAUUGAGUAUGCGAACAGAUACAUGCAGGGCGCGUUCUGCUCUUGGUACAGCACCGGCGGAAGCAUCAAUGGCUUGCUCACCCAGCUACCGCUCAGUCAGCUGAACGCUACCGGGUCAUACUCGAACGGCAGUACGGGCGUGAUGUUCGAGAAGUUCAACGCGACCGAUAUCGACGCAGCUGGAGGUGGAGGCGAGUAUACCGUCCAGGUCGGAUUCGGAUGGACAAACGGUGUUGUACUCUGGAUAGCCGAGAACUUUGGGCAAUACCUCCCUCAGCCAUCCUGCCCACUCGUUGUCCUCUCCACUACCAACUCUACCACGUCUAGUAAUUCGACCUCCCCGUCAACCGGGAAUAGCACGAUGAACGGUACGGCCGCUUCGAGGCCAGCGAACGCGACGAGCAUGCUGGUCGUUUCGGAGUUGGCGGGUGAGGGGGUCAUGUACGAGGGACAGAGGGUAUCGAGGGAUUAG